GCGGGCCGCGCGCAGGCUGACGCCCCGGGAGUCACUUGUCAGCGCUCGUCGGAGGCGGCGGCGGCGGCGGCAGCUCGGCCGGUUUCUUUCAUUCUUUGACAUUGGACGUUGCACCAUCCGAACCAUGAGCAGCUACAGUGUGUCCUUGGUUGGCCCAGCUCCCUGGGGUUUCCGGCUGCAAGGUGGCAAGGAUUUCAACAUGCCUCUGACAAUCUCUAGUCUAAAAGAUGGUGGCAAGGCAUCCCAAGCUAAUGUAAGAAUAGGUGAUGUGGUCCUCAGCAUUGACGGGAUCAGCGCACAUGGAAUGACUCAUCUGGAAGCCCAGAAUAAGAUUAAGGGUUGUACAGGUUCCUUGAAUAUGACUCUGCAGAGAGCAUCUGCCACGCCAAGGCCCGAGCCGGUUCCGGUCCAGAAGGGAGAACCCCAAGAAGUAGUUAAGCCUGUGCCCAUCACAUCUGCCGCGCCCAGACCCACCCCCACUGCCAGCGCAGCCUACAAUAAGGCGCCACGGCCCUUUGGCUCCGUGUCUGCACCCAGGGUCACGUCCAUCCCGUCACCAUCGUCCGCCUUCACCCCUGCCCAUGCGACCACCUCAUCACACGCUUUCCCUGCUGCCACCCCCCCGCCCGUGGCACCCGGACUGCAUGCUGGCACUGCUCUUAGUGCUGACCAGCACGCACCCACCCCGGCCGCUGGCAAACCCGCGGUUACUGUCCCACGGCAGCCCACAGUCACCGGCGCGGGUUCCGAGACAGCCCAGGAGCUAGCGGAGGGACAGAGAAGAGGAUCCCUGGGGGACAGUAAACAGCAAAAUGGUAACCCUGGCAGCAUGAAAAUCCCUCCUAAACGCCCACCAAGAAAGCACAUAGUGGAGCGCAAUACGGAGUUUUACCACGUGCCGACGCACAGUGAUGCCAGCAAGAAGAGGCUGAUCGAGGACACUGAGGACUGGCACCCGCGGACGGGCACCACCCAGUCUCGCUCCUUCCGGAUCCUCGCGCAGAUCACCGGGACUGAGCACUUGAAAGAAUCUGAAACUGACAAUACGAAGAAGGCAAACAGUGCCCAGGAGCCAGCGCCAGCAGCGGCCUCCGCCCGGACCAUGCCGGAGAGGCCAGAGAGCCCGGCCUCUGCCCGGCCAGGAGUGGCCAGCCUCACCACUGCCGCCGCCUUCAAGCCUCUAGGCUCCACCAGCGCCAUCAAGUCGCCAGGCUGGAAGCAGCCAGGCCCAGCAGCUCCAUCCACGGGGAGGAUCUCCAACAACGUGCCUUCAGCGGGAGCGGCUGGCCCUGCCAGCUCCACGGGGGGCCCAGCCCCACCCAGCGAGCAGGACACGCUGGUGCAGAGAGCUGAGCACAUCCCGGCGGGGAAGCGCACGCCCAUGUGCGCCCACUGCGACCAAGUCAUCAGGGGACCAUUUCUAGUGGCGCUGGGGAAGUCUUGGCACCCGGAAGAGUUUAAUUGUGCUCACUGCAAGAACACCAUGGCCUACAUUGGCUUUGUGGAGGAGAAGGGGGCCCUGUACUGUGAGCUGUGCUAUGAGAAGUUCUUUGCUCCUGAGUGUGCUCGAUGCCAGAGGAAGAUCCUUGGGGAAGUCAUCAAUGCACUGAAACAAACUUGGCAUGUUUCCUGUUUUGUGUGUGUGUCCUGUGGAAAACCCAUACGUAAUAAUGUGUUUCACCUGGAGGACGGGGAACCCUACUGUGAGACUGAUUAUUAUUCUCUCUUUGGCACCCUGUGCCGUGGCUGCGAGUUCCCCAUCGAGGCUGGCGACAUGUUCCUGGAGGCUCUGGGCGCCACCUGGCACGACACCUGCUUCGUGUGCUCGGUAUGUUCUGAAAGUUUGGAAGGCCAGACCUUUUUCUCCAAGAAGGACAAGCCGCUUUGCAAGAAACACGCUCAUUCUGUGAAUUUUUAAUAGUCAAUAGUGUUGGAGGAGAGAAGGAAUUUGAAGAGUAAAAGAGAAUCAAAAAUACCAAUUACUUUUUUGAGUUAAUAUUUAUAUAAAGUUUUGAAAAGUAAUAGUGGGUCUGAGGGGAUGAAUUCCAGCUUUUAAAUCCAAGUCUAUGAGGAAAUAUUUGGCCUCAUGAAGUCAAGAGACCAUUUGACAUUUAUUAUUACUUCUCCCCUGUUUUUCUGCCUCUAAAAUAACUUUUAUAAAAAUCAAUUUCCUGGUUGACUCUUAAAUUCAUGUUAGAAUAAAUUAUGGAAGAAUUAAGUUUUAAAUGAAAAAAAUCCAGUCUUUAUGCUGAAAUAAUUAUAUUUUCCUUUUAUAUAGUUGUAAGUAAAUCUACAAAAGGCAAUGAAAUGCCUUACUUUUUGUCAAUAAAUGAAACAUUAUAUUUUUUAAAUUAUGCUUUUCUGUAAAGCAGUAAAUGGGCUUUUAAAUGGAAUGUCAUCAAUAGUUGGUAUCAGUUUUUGUAAAACUCUGCAUUUAUUUUUGUAUAACUGUUUAUCAUUCCAAUAGGAAAGGCCAAUGAAGUUUGUGAUCAAAAUGUGUCAGGCCAAUAAGAUAUUUUUCUCUUUUUCUCCCUCCCCAAAGCCACCAUAUAGUUUUUUAAAAAAAUAUUUUUUUGCCUUGUAUUAAAAUAUGACCUUUUUUUUUUUACUUUAUCACCUGUAUUGGCCAAAAAAAUUUUUUUUUAUUCCACAGUAAAAAUCUAGUUGAAUAACUUUGAACUCUGAUGGUUUUAUCUCUCUUUAAAGAGAAUAAAUAGAAGAUAGUGUGGUUAGGAACUAAAGAAAAUGAGCAUUAUAUCCAAAGUGUUAAGAAACUCACCACAUUUUAGAUAGUGACUAAAUUAGAUUGGUUUCAAAAUUGAUCUACUGAGUGACAUUUUGAGACUUUUCUUUGCAGAACAAUGUGUCCCCCUUAUACAUGAAAAAAAUAAAACAUUAGCUUGGGGAUAUAAGACCUAGUUUUACUUCUUUUUGGUAGUUCUUUUUCAAUAGUAAGGAAACUAAUUCCACGCGUGGUUAUGAAAUUUGGCUUACUUUCGUUCACAGAGUUUGAUAAGUAAGAGAACCUAGUGAAUUACCCAGACUGGCCCAUCAUGCUUUUUCUUCCUAUGAGGAAAAAUUAUGGAAUGCCACAUGAAGACAUGGGAAAAAACGUAAAAGUCAUAGCUUCUCCUGAGAUGUCCCCACUGAGAAACAGAUUGUGGCCCUUGAUAGUUUCUCCUUUGGUCCCGAGAAAGGAUAAAAGCCCAGGAUGCUACUAAGCCGUGACUGAACUUGGUUCGGGGCGAGAUGCUGUCUGAGUGUGGGGCCCAGCUCCCGCCGGCCUGCCCAUCCCGACUUCCAUUGUUUACACACCGCUGCCAGGGAGCUUCCCAGCUACCGUCUGUGCUCAGCCUUUGAGGGACCAGUCCUGAAAGCUGUAACUCAUGGUUUCACGGGCUUUGCUCUGUCCAGAGGAUGACGAGCUGGUGAGGAAGGAUGAGAAGCUCGCACGGGGCAGAUGGCGUCUCCCCUCACGGCCUCUCCCGCUGCUCCUCCCACAGCUAGUCAGGCUCCUGGGCUGAGCCUGCAUUUUCCUCGCUCUGCUGAGACCACCUGCAGACGAGGCCGCCAGCCUGUGCUGGUCAUCAGGCCUGCCUGUCCUCAGAGGCGCACACAACAGAACAUAAGCCCACGGCUUUGUCUUGGGGCGGGAGAGAUUUUCCUCGGCCUUUUAAAGAUCAUAUGCAGAAGUCGUAUUCGAUUAGUCAGUGACAGUGGGUAUUUUCGUCAAAGAUUUUCUUAUUUGACCUGAAUUUUUUAUAAAAACUGUUUUGCGUUAAGGAUGCUAUUCUUUUCACUUAUUAUUUCUACAGCUUCCUCCUGGAGCACUGUGUUUCAUGUCUCCAGAGUUAACCCUUCAAAAGUCAAUGUUGCUUCCUAAUUUAUCAUUUUGUCUUGGUGCUUUAUCUUUCUCUUCUGUGCAGAAACUUUAUAUCUGUUCAUAAAACAGUUACCCACCAAAUAAAUACUGAUUACAGUCCAGAAGAAUCUGUGCUUUCUAGUGGGGAAUGCCAUAUUUAAGACACCAGCAUUAACUUUAAUAACUGACAUAGCACUUUAUUCUUCUGGUAAUCUCCCUGAAUAUUUAUUUUUCUGAUUAUAAAUAUUCCAUGUCGGUAGCAAUUUUUUUAUUAUUAUUAUUACCUCUUUCUUAUAGAGCAUUUCCUUGUAGUCUUGCUAGAUGUAUAUUUUGGAAUGUUCACUUAAUAUACUGCAAAUUAAAAUCUUAGAAUGUAACUCCAAGAACCUGGAUAUCUCAAUUCUAAAGUGAUAGACGCAUAAUUACAUUUCUCUAGACAUAACAGGAUUAAAAGUCGUCCCUCAAAAUGAUCUCCUCUCCUAACAGUGGCAUAUGUAUGUAUACAUAUGUACAUAUAUAUGCACGUAUAUAUGUUGAUUCUUGUUACAUUUGGAAUCUAAACUAAAACCUUAUUAUUUGCUAACCAUGCUAAGACAAGUAGACAUUAGUACGUGUUAUCUCAAUAUGGCACCAUUUUCAAAGAGUAUUAUCAGAGCCAUUUUUAAAGAAAACAGUUUUCCUGGUUCAAGUGUGAAUUGAGUCUUCUGUUAAUUUUUCUGUGACAUUUCAUGUCGAAUCAUCUCUGUUGGGAGGCAGGGCUUUUCAAACCACGGGAACAGCAGGCACCUGAGCAGCCUAAUGUGGAUUCGGACUGUCCCCUCCCACGCCCCAGGUGUUGAGGUAUUUGGGUCUGCAUCCCUAUGGUAUCAUUUGCCAUAUGUACUAAUCUCUAUCUUCUGUUUCUUUACAUUUUUACAUUUGUAUAUGUCUGUGCUAUUUUUGCUUUGGAUAAAUUUUCUGAUUAAAAACACAUGAGAAAUAUAAUCAACAAAGUGAGACUUAAAUGUGCACAUAUUUAAUAAAUAAAUGGCUAUAGU